CCGGAGCCUUCCGGAGCCUUCCCGAGCCUUCCCGAGCCGCCCGGCCCCGCUCCGUCCGCCCAUGGGCAACGCCGAGUCCGUCCCGCGCGGCGCCGCCGCCCCCGACACGAGCCACCAGACCCGCUCGGUGUCCAGCCGGCCCUACUACAGCUUGCCCAACAGCAGCCAUGAGAGACGCUCGGUGCUGGCCAUCGCGGAGCCGCCGCGCUUCCACUCGCAGGCCAAGGGCAAGAACGUGCGGCUGGACGCGCACUCGCGCAAGGCCACGCGCAGGAACAGCUUCUGCAACGGCGUCACCUUCACCAACCGGCCCAUCCACCUGUACGAGAAGGUGCGCCUCAAGCUGGUGGCCGUGCACCACGGCUGGAGCGGGGCCCUGCGCUUCGGCUUCACCAUCCACGACCCCUCGCAGAUGAGCUCCGAGGAGAUACCAAAGUACGCCUGCCCCGACCUCGUCACCCGCCCCGGCUACUGGGCCAAGGCUCUGCCGGAGAGGUUUGCGGUCAGGGACAAUAUCUUGGCCUUCUGGGUGGACCGGCACGGCAGAGUUUUCUACAGUAUUAAUGACGAGGAGCCCAUCUUGUUUCACUGUGGUAUUAAAGUUUCCGGGCCUCUCUGGGCCCUCAUAGACGUCUAUGGAAUUACCCACGAAGUGCAAAUUCUAGACAGCAUGUUUGCAGAGACCAUGACCACUGCCCGGCUCAGCACCGCCCGGCUCAGCACCUGCCUUCCCCAGAGCAACCACGACUCGGCCAACUUCAACAACAACGAGCUCGAGAACAACCAAGUGGUGGCCAAAAUCGCAAACCUAAACCUAAGCCGGGUUCCAGGACUUGGGACUGACAACCACAUCAUCCCCUGCUGCCCCAACCGGCGGCAGCACGCCCAGGGAGUGCCGGCCUUCCUGGACACCGACCUGCGGUUCCACCCCACCCGCGGCCCCGACAUCACCUUUUCCCAGGACAGGAUGGUGGCCUGCACCAACUGGCAGGAGAGCAAUAGGACUUUGGUGUUCUCUGACCGGCCUUUGCACAUCGGGGAGAGCCUCUUUGUGGAAGUAGGACACCUCGGGCUGCCGUACUACGGGGCCCUCUCGUUCGGCAUCACCUCUUGUGAUCCGAGCACUUUGCGGACAAACGAGCUCCCGGCGGAUCCGGACUUUCUCCUGGAUCGCAAGGAGUACUGGGUGGUUUACCGGGCGUUCCCGGUGCUCAACAGCGGCGACAUCCUCAGCUUCAUGGUCCUGCCCAACGGAGAGGUGCACCACGGGGUCAACGGGGCCAGCCGGGGGAUGCUCAUGUGCGUGGACACCUCGCAGUCGCUCUGGGUGUUUUUUACAAUCCACGGUGUGAUCAACCAGCUCAAAAUCCUGGGCACGGUGCAGUCCAGCCCAGUGACCGUGUCUCCCUCAGGAUCCCCCGGGGGCUCCCAGUACGACAGCGACUCGGACAUGGCCUUCAGCGUCAACAGGUCCUCAUCAGCCUCCGAGUCCUCGCUGGUGACUGCCCCCAGCUCCCCUUUGAGCCCCCCCAUCUCUCCUGUCUUCUCCCCUCCGGAGCCAUCGAGCAGCAAGAACGGGGAGUGCACCGUGUGCUUUGACAGCGAGGUGGACACGGUGAUCUACACCUGCGGACACAUGUGCCUCUGCAACACCUGUGGUCUUAAGCUGAAGAAGCAGCUCAACGCCUGCUGCCCCAUCUGCCGAAGGGUUAUCAAAGAUGUGAUUAAAAUCUACCGCCCGUAGGGGG